AUGAACUCGGCUAUCGCGGACUGGGAGAGGCUUCUCAGACAAGCCUAUGACAACCUCGAACCAGGAGGCUACGUCGAAAUGGCAGACAACUGCUUCCCCCUCCAAUGCCAAGACGGCACAAUGGACCCCAAGUCCCCCGUCGCCGAGUGGUCGACCCUCCUCAUGGAGGCCUGCGACCGCAUGGGCCGCCCCGUCACCGUCCCCGCGCUCUUCAAGAAUCUGCUCCUCCGCGCCGGCUUCGUCGACGUGGUCGAGGUCCACCGCAUCUGGCCGCUGCACGACUGGCCCAAGAACGACCACCUCAAGGAGAUUGGGCGCUACUCGCAGGAAAGCAGCCUGCAGGGGUGCGAGGCGUCGGCGCUGGCGCUCUUCACGCGUGUGCUGGGGUGGACGCGCGACGAGACGUUGGUGUUUUGCAGCGGGGUGAGGAAGGAUUUGCAUAAUCGGAAUAUUCACGCGUACUGGGAUAUGUGA